GAGCCGCACAGUAGCGAAGGGAAAGAGACGUGAAGCCUGUACCCCCCCAACUCUAUCCUUUCACGUUAACUUCCGACAAUCAAAUGGGACAUGCAUAUCCACAUUUCUGACUUCAAACACAAAAACCAAUUUCAUGGUUACAAAUUCCCCUGGCCCCCUGUCCAUACUUCAAACAUUAUCCAAACCCAUUAUCCUUUUCUCUUCCUCUCUCUUGAACCCUAAAGCCAUUCGCCAUCAUUGAAUUAAACACUCUUUCCCUUUCAAUUCAUGCCAUUAUUGUUUCUCUCUCUCUUCUUCUCCUUUUGCAAAAAUUUGCAGGCGCAUUCUAUACUCAUGAUAGAGACAUAAAUUUGCAGGGAGGUUCUACCCUGAUGAUAGACAAACACCAUCAAAGUUUUCUUCCCCCUGUGCAAAUUUUUACUGGGACAUUUUUCAUUGAUGAUAGGAAAGCGCAAUUGGUUUUUGCUGCCAUUUAAGUGCUGGUUCUCACCGGAAUUUGGAGAGGCUUGAGGCUUGACAAACCGAUUAACCCAAUGCUUUCGUGUCCGCUUUGUCCUUCUCCUUUCUCUUUCUCCCUAUUUCAGAGAAACCCCCGAAUUCUUUGCGGUGGCUGUCGACGGAUUACACGUGUAUUGAGUGUUGGAAGGAGAGAGAAAUGGGUUCGACCCAAUUCAGCUGUAGAAGUUGCGGGUUUAUUGGGCUUAGAAUCCUCGCAAUUGGUUCUUGACAAACUCGCUCAGUCUCAUGACUUAUCCCAACUGUUCUGGGUUGGUCCUAUUCCUGGGGAUCUUGCAGAAAUUGAGGCAUACUGUAGAAUAUUUAGAACUGCAGAACAGCUUCAUAUGGCAGUUAUGGAUAGUCUAUGCAAUCCAGAAACUGGAGAAUGUGUUGUUUCAUAUGAGUCUACCCCAGAGGAGUUAUCAAUCAAUGAAGAGAAAGUCGUUGCAGUACUAGGUUGCAUGAAUGCUCUGCUUAACAGAGGAAGGGAAGAGGUUCUAAGCGGGCGAUCAUCUGUCAGAAAUUCAUUUCAAACUGGAGAUUUGCAUGAUUGGGAUGGUUCUAAGGUUCCACCCCUCGCCAUAUUUAGGGAUGAGAUGAAAAAUUGUUGUAGAAAUUUCCAGAGUGCUCUUGAGCAUUAUUUGGCACCUUUUGACAAUCGAAGGACCAAUAUCUGGAGAAGGUUGCAGAGGCUUAAGAAUGUUUGUUAUGAUGCUGGCUUCCCACGUGCAGAUGGCGACCCAUGCCAAACCAUAUUCGCAAAUUGGGCUCCUGUGUAUUUAUCUACUGGAAGAGAAGAAGGAUCAUCAUCCAAAGAUGGUGAAAUUGCUUUCUGGCGAGGUGGACAGGUAACAGAUGAAGGUUUGGCAUGGCUUAUAGACAAGGGAUACAAGACAAUUGUAGACCUUCGAGCUGAAGAAAUCAAGGAUGAAUGUUAUGAAACUGCUAUUGAGCAUGCUGUUUCUACUGGGAAAAUUAAUCUGGUUAAGCUGCCUGUGCAAGUUGGGACUGCCCCAUCAAGAGAGCAGGUUGAGAUGCUUGCAUCAUUACUAUCAGAUAAUGAGAAACAACCACUUUAUCUCCAUAGCCAGGAAGGAGUUUGGAGAACUUCUGCAAUGGUAUCAAGAUGGAGGCAAUACACAGUCCGUUGUGUUUCACAGUUAAACUCAACUCAUGCAAAAAAUAUGUCUGAAAGGCCAUUUGCUGUUACUCAAAAAUGGGAGAAGGAUCAAAUAGGCGAACAAAACCUUUUUCCUACUCAGGAACAGAGUGCAAAACUUGAAAAUGGUUCAAAGACCAAAGACCAAGGUUGUCGAGGUGAUGUCUCUAUAAAUGAACACCUUGGAAAAGAGGGGGAUAAUGGCAUAUCUGAUGAUAAUGAAGGGUCUGUAAAUUCUGGAGAUCGUGAUGAAGUCAAAUUAGAUGCUGAUGUCUCUUGGGAUGUUGAUCCCUUCAAGACCCAGUUUCCUACUUGUAAUAUUUUCUCAAGGAAAGAAAUGUCUAAUUUCUUUCGAAGUAGGAAAAUCUCACCCGAGUCCUUUUUCCUUUCUCAUUGUCAUAGUAACAAGUAUGACAUUUUCACGAAUUUGAGCAAAACAUCUGCAUCAAUGGACUAUUGUAGAGACCUUCCCACACAUGUUAUUAACUUGAAUACUGAGGAGCCUGGAGUGUCAGGUAGGGAGAAUGGUAUUUCAGAUGAUAAUUUGAAGUCUCCUGGUGUGAUUACCAGCACAGAAAGAAGGCAUGCUGGUGAACAUAAUUCUAGACCUCUUGGUUUGUCAGUGAAUGGCUCCACUCAAGAGGGAAAUCAUGUAAACAAUGGGUCGUUGUUCUCCAUCUCUAGGUCAGCAAAGACAAUGCAUCCUAAACCAGGAGAACAGAUUCAGCAGAAUAAGAAUAAUGCUGUUCAAUCUGUUCAUUCAAUUGAUGAAGAUACAGCUGUUGUCAAGGGGAAUAUGUGUGCUUCUGCUACUGGCGUUGUAAGAGUGCAAUCGAGGAAGAAGGCUGAGAUGUAUUUGGUACGCACUGAUGGAUUUUCUUGUACUCGGGAAAAGGUGACAGAGUCGUCUUUGGCUUUCACCCAUCCAAGCACCCAGCAGCAAAUGUUAAUGUGGAAAUCUUCCCCGAAAACAGUUCUGCUUUUAAAGAAGUUAGGUCAAGAACUUAUGGAAGAGGCAAAGGAGGUGGCCUCAUUCUUGUAUUACCAAGAGAAAAUGAAUGUUCUUGUGGAACCUGACGUGCAUGAUAUUUUUGCAAGAAUCCCUGGUUUUGGAUUUGUGCAAACAUUCUAUAAUCAGGAUACAAGUGAUCUUCAUGAGAGAGUUGAUUUUGUUGCAUGUUUAGGAGGUGAUGGGGUUAUUCUACAUGCAUCAAAUUUAUUUAGGGGAGCAGUUCCUCCUGUGGUCUCAUUUAAUCUUGGUUCUCUUGGAUUUCUCACUUCCCAUACGUUUGAAGAUUUCAGACAGGAUUUAAGGGCUGUUAUCCAUGGGAAUAAUUCUCUUGAUGGUGUUUAUAUAACUCUCAGAAUGCGCCUACACUGUGAAAUCUACAAAAAUGGCAAAGCUAUACCGGGCAAAGUAUUCGAUGUUUUGAAUGAGGUCGUUGUAGAUCGUGGUUCUAAUCCAUACCUUUCCAAAAUUGAAUGCUAUGAACAUAAUCGACUCAUAACCAAAGUUCAAGGUGAUGGAGUCAUAGUGGCCACACCUACUGGAAGUACGGCAUAUUCCACUGCUGCUGGAGGUUCCAUGGUGCAUCCAAAUGUUCCUUGUAUGCUAUUCACUCCUAUCUGCCCACACUCACUGUCAUUUCGACCAGUGAUACUUCCGGAUUCUGCUCGACUAGAAUUGAAGAUCCCUGAUGAUACAAGAAGCAAUGCAUGGGUUUCCUUUGAUGGAAAAAGGAGGCAGCAGUUGUCAAGGGGUGACUCCAUUCAAAUCCAAAUGAGCGAACAUCCUCUCCCCACCGUCAACAAAUUCGAUCAAACAGGGGACUGGUUCCUAAGCUUAAUCCGAUGCCUUAAUUGGAAUGAGCGCCUUGAUCAGAAGGCCUUGUAAGCUUUGCAAUAAGACUAGGCCCACCUUAGGUACUGUAUAUAUAGUCUUGUACACUGUCAUUUUUAAAGUGGAUGAGCUAGAUGGAUGGCCAGAUACUUCUGAUGGGCAGUCGGCCUUUAAAUCUGUAUCAUCCAUCAUACGAUAAAAUACUCCAAUGAAGAAAGAGAAAAAUGAGAAGCAGGAAGGCAACGGUCCUAGUGUAAAGGAAGAAACAGAAAGAAAGGCAGGAAUACUAGGGGAUCAUUCCAGGAUGCAUCAGAAUAUAGUUAAUAUUGUACACAUUUAUUUGUUAUAAUAGAUAUUCAUUUGAGCAGCGUCGUGCUGAAUGCUGAAAUAAGAUUUUGAGGCUAUUUACAUGUGAGACCUUGAGUCGUCCAUUUCCUUUAAUUAGAAAAACGUGGCAUUUGAACA